AUGGUGAAGGAGCAGUUCAGAGAGACAGACGUGGCCAAAAAGAUAAGCCACAUCUGUUUUGGGAUAAAGUCGGCAGAGCAGAUGCGGCAGCAGGCACACAUCCAGGUGGUCAGUAAGAACCUGUACAGCCAGGACACAAAGCGCACCCCUCUGCCCCAUGGAGUCCUGGACCACCGCAUGGGCACCAGUGAAAAGGACCGACCGUGUCUCACCUGUGGGAAGAACCUGGCCGACUGUUUGGGACAUUACGGAUAUUUGGAUCUGGAGCUGCCCUGUUUUCACGUGGGAUACUUCAAAGCCACCAUUGGGAUCCUGCAGAUGGUCUGUAAAACGUGCUCUCGCAUCAUGCUGACAAAGGAGGAGAAGCUGCAGUUCCUGGACCACCUGCGGAGGCCCAACCUGCCGUACCUGCAGAAGAGAGGCCUCAAGAAGAAGAUCUCUGAUAAGUGUCGCAAACGCACCAUCUGCCUCAGCUGCUCAGCCUUCAACGGUACGGUGAAGAAGUGCGGUCUGCUGAAGAUCAUCCACGAGAAAUACAAGACGUCCAAGAAAACCGUGGAUCCGUUUGUGUCCGAGUUCAUGCAGUCGUUCAACACGGCAAUGGAACACAACAAAAUCAUCGAGCCCCUGCUGACCAGAGCCCAGGAGAACCUGAACCCCCUGGUGGUGCUCAGUCUCUUCAGGAGGAUCCCAGCGGAGGACAUCCCGCUGCUGCUCAUGAACCCAGAGGCGGGGAAGCCCUCGGACCUGAUCCUGACCCGGCUGCUGGUCCCGCCUCUCUGCAUCCGGCCGUCUGUCGUCAGCGACCUGAAGUCUGGCACCAACGAGGACGACCUCACCAUGAAGCUGACAGAGAUCAUCUUCCUCAACGACGUCAUCAAGAAGCACCGUGCGACAGGAGCAAAGACCCAGAUGAUCAUGGAGGACUGGUACUUCCUACAGCUGCAGUGUGCGCUCUACAUCAACUCUGAGCUCUCGGGGAUCCCCCUCAACAUGGCGCCCAAGAAGUGGACUAGAGGCUUCGUGCAGAGGCUGAAGGGAAAGCAAGGGCGAUUCAGAGGAAACUUGUCGGGGAAGAGAGUGGAUUUUUCCGGCAGAACUGUCAUCUCUCCGGAUCCAAACUUGCGGAUCGACGAGGUGGCGGUCCCGAUCCACGUGGCCAAGAUCCUCACUUAUCCAGAGAGGGUGAACAGUGCCAACCUGGAGCUGCUGAGGAAACUGGUGCGGAACGGUCCCGACGUUCACCCAGGAGCAAACUUCAUCGAGAUCCGUUCCAUGAAGAAUAAACGGUUUUUGAAAUAUGGAAACCGAGAGAAGAUUGCACAGGAGCUGAAGUUUGGCGACGUGGUCGAGAGACAUCUGAUCGACGGAGACAUUGUUCUGUUCAAUCGGCAGCCUUCUCUGCACAAGCUCAGCAUCAUGGCCCAUAUUGCACGAGUCAAGCCUCACCGCACCUUCCGCUUUAACGAAUGCGUGUGCACGCCGUACAACGCCGACUUUGACGGAGAUGAGAUGAACCUGCACCUGCCGCAGACGGAGGAGGCCAAGGCCGAGGCGCUGGUGCUGAUGGGGACAAAGGCGAACCUCGUCACUCCCAGAAACGGAGAACCACUGAUUGCUGCAAUCCAGGACUUUCUGACGGGCGCCUACCUCCUGACCUUUAAAGACACGUUCUUCGACCGAUCUAAGGUCUGUCAGAUUGUCGCCUCCAUCCUCGUCGGGAAAGACCGGAAAGUCCGCAUCACUCUGCCCAGACCUGCCAUUUACAAGCCGAUGGCACUGUGGACUGGCAAACAGAUCUUCAGCCUCAUUCUGAAACCAGGAAAUGACUGUCCAGUGAAGGCUAAUCUGAGGACCAAGGGCAAGCAGUACUGCGGCAAGGGAGAGGACCUGUGUCACAACGACUCCUACAAGAAAGAGAGAGACGAGAGAGAGGGAGACGAGAGAGAGGGAGACGAGAGAGAGGGAGACGAGAGUGAGGGAGACGAGAGUGAGGGAGACGAGAGGGAGGGAGACGAGAGGGAGGGAGACGAGAGGGAGGGAGACGAGAGGGAGGGAGACGAGAGUGAGGGAGACGAGAGUGAGGGAGACGAGAGGGAGGGAGACGAGAGGGAGGGAGACGAGAGGGAGGGAGACGAGAGGGAGGGAGGGAGACGAGAGGGAGGGAGACGAGAUGAGGGAGACGAGAGUGAGGGAGACGAGAGUGAGGGAGACGAGAGUGAGGGAGACGAGAGUGAGGGAGACGAGAGUGAGGGAGACGAGAGAGAGGGAGACGAGAGAGAGGGAGACGAGAGAGAGGGAGACGAGAGAGAGGGAGACGAGAGUGAGGGAGACGAGAGUGAGGGAGACGAGAGUGAGGGAGACGAGAGUGAGAGAGAGGAGACGAGAGUGAGGGAGACGAGAGUGAGGGAGACGAGAGUGAGGGAGACGAGAGUGAGGGAGACGAGAGUGAGGGAGACGAGAGUGAGGGAGACGAGAGUGAGGGAGACGAGAGUGAGGGAGACGAGAGUGAGGGAGACGAGAGUGAGGGAGAGACGAAGAAGUGAGGGAGACGAGAGUGAGGGAGACGAGAGUGAGGGAGACGAGAGUGAGGGAGACGAGAGUGAGGGAGACGAGAGUGAGGGAGACGAGAGUGAGGGAGACGAGAGUGAGGGAGACGAGAGUGAGGGAGACGAGAGUGAGGGAGACGAGAGUGAGGGAGACGAGAGUGAGGGAGACGAGAGUGAGGGAGACGAGAUCGUGGUGAUCCACAACAGUGAGCUGAUGUGUGGCAGUCUGGACAAAGGAACGCUGGGAUCCGGCUCCAAAAACAACAUCUUCUACAUCCUGCUGCGGGACUGGGGGCAGCUGGAGGCCGCCAACGCCAUGUCCCGCCUGGCUCGCCUGGCUCCCGUCUUCCUCUCGAACCGAGGCUUCUCCAUCGGGAUCGGAGACGUGACCCCGGGUCAGGGUCUGCUUCAGGCCAAACAGGACCUGCUGGACGACGGCUACACCAAAUGUGACGAGUACAUUGAGGCUCUGCACACGGGGAAACUGCAGCAGCAACCAGGAUGCAGCGCCGAGGAGACACUGGAGGCCCUGAUCCUGAGAGAGCUCUCUGUGAUCCGAGACCGAGCGGGAAGUGCGUGUCUGCGGGAGUUGGACAAGAGCAACAGUCCCCUGACCAUGGCGGUCUGUGGGUCCAAAGGCUCUUUCAUCAAUAUCUCGCAGAUGAUCGCGUGCGUGGGGCAGCAGGCCAUUAGCGGAUCUCGAGUCCCUGACGGCUUCGAGAACCGUUCGCUGCCGCACUUUGAGAAGCACUCCAAACUUCCAGCUGCUAAAGGCUUUGUGGCCAACAGCUUCUACUCCGGUUUGACGCCCACCGAGUUUUUCUUCCACACAAUGGCGGGUCGAGAGGGUCUGGUGGACACAGCUGUGAAGACCGCAGAGACUGGAUACAUGCAGCGUCGUUUGGUGAAGUCUCUUGAAGACCUCUGCUCUCAGUACGACCUCACCGUGAGAAGCUCCACCGGUGACAUCAUCCAGUUCAUCUACGGCGGCGACGGUCUGGACCCGGCCGACAUGGAGGGCAAGGACGAGCCCCUGGAGUUCAGACGAGUCCUGGACAACAUCCGGGCGGUGUAUCCGUGUCAGUCGGAGCCAGCUCUGAGUCAGAACCUGCUGGUCCUCACCACGGACUCCAUCAUGAAGAGAGAGGACUUCAAGUGCUGCAGAGAAGGAUUCCUCCAGAAACUCACAGACACUGGUUCAGAGAAGUACUUGGAGGAAAUCAAGAAGUUUGUCAAAAGCACUUCGGAGCGGAUCAAAAAGACCAGAGACAAAUACGGCAUCAACGACAACGGGACCACAGAGCCCAAAGUUCUGUACCAGCUCGAUCGCAUCACCCCCACGCAGCUAGAGAAGUUCUUGGAGACGUGCAGAGACAAAUACAUGAGGGCACAGAUGGAGCCUGGAUCAGCAGUGGGGGCCCUGUGUGCUCAGAGCAUUGGGGAGCCAGGGACACAGAUGACCCUGAAGACCUUCCACUUCGCUGGCGUGGCGUCCAUGAACAUCACUCUGGGGGUUCCACGCAUCAAGGAGAUCAUCAACGCCUCAAAGAACAUCAGCACCCCGAUCAUUACCGCUCACCUGGACAUCGACGAUGACGCAGACUUCGCUCGGCUGGUGAAGGGGAGGAUCGAGAAGACUCUGCUGGGAGAGAUUUCUGAAUACAUCGAGGAAGUUUUUCUGCCCGACGACUGCUUUAUUCUGGUGAAGCUUUCCCUGGAGCGAAUCAGACUGUUGCGUUUGGAGGUGAACGCAGAGACGGUGCGCUACUCCAUCUGCAUGUCCAAGCUCAAGGUGAAGCCGGCGGACAUCGCGGUGCACGGCGAGGCGGUGGUCUGCGUGUCGCCGCGGGAGAACAGCAAGAGCUCCAUGUACUACGUCCUGCAGACUCUGAAGGGAGACCUGCCCAAAGUGGUGGUCCAAGGCAUCCCUGAGGUGUCCCGGGCCGUCAUCCACAUCGACGAGCAGAGCAGCGUCAAGAAGUACAAGCUCCUGGUGGAGGGAGACAACCUGCGCUCCGUCAUGGCAACGCACGGGGUCAAAGGCAGCGGCACCACCUCCAACAACACCUACGAGGUUGAGAAGACGUUGGGGAUCGAAGCGGCUCGCUCCACCAUCGUCAACGAGAUCCAGUACACGAUGGUGAACCACGGCAUGAGCAUCGACCGCCGCCACGUCAUGCUGCUCGCCGACCUCAUGUCCUACAAGGGAGAGAUUCUGGGCAUCACCAGAUUCGGUUUGGCCAAAAUGAAGGAGAGCGUCCUCAUGUUGGCGUCCUUCGAGAAGACAGCGGAUCAUCUGUUCGAUGCGGCGUAUUUUGGACAGAAGGACUCAGUCUGUGGUGUCUCUGAGUGCAUCAUUAUGGGAAUCCCAAUGAACAUCGGCACCGGACUCUUCAAACUGCUGCACAAAGCCGACAAGCAACCUGCUCCUGCACAGCGCCCCCUGCUGUUUGAUAGUCCAGACUUCCACGUGUCUCUGAUCACGUAG